CAAAUGUAGUACUAACACGAAAUGCAAUAAACCAGUCUGGUACGGACAGUCGAAAGUCGCGGUCAUUAACGAAUGAAAAGCUACGAUGACAAUCCUUUUCCUUCGGUAAACUUAAACUACAUAUCAUGGCGACCAGUGCCAGAGUGAACUAGAAAAAUAACUCGAGCCUAAGUGAAUCAACCCAUUAGUGAAAAAUUAUUUUUUUCAAUGGAUUACUAGAAAUGGGGAAAACAAGCUCAAAAAACGUAAAAGUGAGCGGUGAUCCGCAAGUGAUGAUUCUCAAUCACUUAGAAGAAAAUUCGGCAUUGCAUGCUGAAAACGAUUUGAAACUAUCAGUAAUUCUAGCAGUGGUAGCAAUACAAUUAGCAAUUAUCCUGUACAUACUGUGGAAAAGGCAUAUGCGACUACAAGCAUCGAAAGCAGCAAAAAGCGUCACUGCAACACGUAUGAAAAAAAAAGUGCCAGAAAAAUAACGCGGCUGCAGUGAAAGGAUCCCGACUAACUGCGGCCAAUAAUAGUGGAAUAAAAUGUUUUCGAUGUUGGUGAAGAAAAACUGUUGAUUCCAACAAAGUGAAAUGCCUCCGAGUUAGAGCAAAACAUAUCAUCAUCGUCAAGAGCGUUACAAAAUCUUAUUGAUGCCAGUGGAAACAAAGUGCAAUGACUUCGAUUUUGUACGAUACAAACCAUCAUUGUCAGAAGUGUAACAAAAUCUUAUUGAUGCCAGGCGAAGAAAAACUGUCGAUUCCAAUAAAGUGAAAUGCCUCCGAGUUAGAGCAAAACAUAUCAUCAUCGUCAAGAGCGGUACAAAAUCUUAUUGAUGUGAAGAAAAUUGGCCUAUCCUAACAAAGUGCCAACACAGACUUCGAUUUAUUACCACCGUCGUCGUCAAAAGUGCCAUCGAUAUCUGGCGAAUAAUACAGUGAAAAGACUUAGACUACAACAUUUACCUGCUAUCGGCAUGGAACGUCAUCAUCACUCAACGUGACCAUGGACGGUCAAAAAUGGAAAGCAGUGCAUAAGCUACGAUGGAAAGCAAGCGACGAACAACGUCCGCAUACCUAGAAGUGCGAAGUCAAAUAUUUAUUACCUACUUCAACAAGCGACCCUCAAGAUAUUUACAAACGCAAAGCUAAAUUACAAACAUAUGGUGCUCCAGAUUUCUUCUGUUUAGCGUUAAGUUCGACUUGUGUGAACCUUCUCCAUUAUAUACAAAAUUGAAUAAAGUCAGUCUUAACUGUAACCUCGAACGAGUCACAAGACUUUUCAUCUCUAUGAGAAAACCCGGAUAACGAGAAACCCCACAUGGCGACCGUGACAGGACUGAUUCAAAAAAAGAAGUGCAGUUAAGUUUCAAUACGCCAAGUGACCCGACAUGGCGAAAAAUCGACAGUAGUGAUUCAACAAGGAGUGCAGUUAAGUUAAGUUAAGUCACAAAAUGUCUUGGCUGUUCGGCAGCACUUAUGUGCAACAAACGAUGGAUUCCAUCGAAAUAAAAAUUAUUGCGGGAGUUGCAGUUGGCAUCUUAUGCCUAGUGAUUUUAUAUGGAACGGCAAAGCUUCAUAGUAAAUUUAUGAAAGCAAAAAUUGAACAGACAGCGCGACGUGAGGUGCGCUUAAACAAUAUAAAUGUGCAGUGAACAUUCAUACGCUUAUAGUAAAUGUGAAACAUCUAAUUUGAACAAUAAACUGAACAGUGAUUGAAAUUGUAAUACUAUCAAAAUCGUACAGAAAGCAACAUUAUUCCAGCGAUGAGCUGAACAGUGCCUAAAGUGGUCAAAUACCAAAAAAAAAAAAAAACAGCAAUAGCAGAAAAUAAUGAAGAGCCGAAAAAUCGAGGAGAACUUUGUGCUUAUUAUAUUUCCAAAAUUAAUUACAAAGUGUUAAUUUACGAAUUAUAUUUUCUAUAUCAUUUAUGAAGUUUAUAAUAAUGAAUUUGUUAUGAAUGUUAUAUGAUUCUAUUCUGAAUUUGUUGUCCGAAAACUACCAAAACUAGAUAAAAUCUCCAGAAUGAAAAUAUUUAAAUGAUUGAAAGGACAGGAUGGUGACAGGAUUUAAAUGAUUGAAAUAAAUAAAUGGAACAAAUCGAACUCGAAUUCUCAAUUUUGAAAAAUCUACAAAGCAAUUUAUUGAAAAAACCAAAAACUAGAAUUUACACUAGAAAUACAAUUUUGAAUAAAUUAAGAGACACGAAACAAGCCCAUGACAACAUAUGCGACGUACUAUCGAUUUUAGAAGGGGAUCUCGAAAAUCACACUUUUAACAAAAUUAAUAAGAAGGCAAAGGAAAUUUCCAGUUCAAUUUACUUAGAACUGCACCAGAUGCUAGCACAUUGUCCAACGUUUAACAAAUUUAAAAUCUAUGCAAUCCUUGUAUUGGUUGUUGUAAAAUUCAGAAAAACUUUAACAAUGGCCAACACUGAAAUUAUUAAAACUGUAAGUACAUUGAUGCCACCAUACGAUGGAUCAAUUGAUAAACUGGAGAACACAAUUGAUGCUCUUGACGUAAUUGAAACGCUAGUAACGGAUGCAAAUCGUGCCACAAUUAUAAAUAUUAUUCUUACUAAAUUAUCCGGCAGAGCACGACACACAUUUAAUGUGAAGCCAGCAGAUAUCCAAGAAGUAAAAAAUAAAAUUAAGGCAAUCGUAACAGUUACUCCUCCAGAAACAAUAAUUUCCAAAAUGAUCGCAAACAAACAAAAAUCAGAUUUAAACUCAUUCACAACAGAAGUUGAAUCGCUCGCUGCCCAACUUGAAAACGCUUAUAUUGCGAAGAGAAUCCCAAAUGAUGUAGCGAAAGAUUUGGCAAUGAAGGAAGCCAUCAAACAUAUGGCUUCUGGAUUGAGAAAUGAAAAGACUGCGCUUAUUUUACAAGCGGGUACCUUCACCCAGCUAGCUGACGCCAUAAACAAAGUGCAUGAAGUAAAUCCAAUUUACGACACAAACGUACUAAUGGCAAGGGCUCACAAAAAUAAUUCCAUACCCACACAAUCGUAUGAGCAAAUGAGAAACAGAAACGGUUACAACAAUCGCUUCGAUAUGCGAAACUCUAACCAAAGAUACAAUAAUCAGGGUAGAUCAGGUCCGAACCCUAUAUAUCAAAGUUUUGAUUACCGAUCUAGAACCAAUAACGGUAACAGGAGCUACGAUAAUAAUAACCAUAGAGCAAAUUUCAAUCGACGACAAGGUCAAUUGAAUUUUGCUGAUAAUGGUUUUUACCGACAACAACAACCGAACGGACAGCAGAACUGGCGCAAUAAUAGUAAUCAGAAUCCCAAUGCCUAUAGAGGUAACCGCAAUGUUUACUCUGCGGAAAACGUGCGAGAGCCAGCGACUGCUCCCCAUGUCAGCUGUGCCUCGCCAAUGGACAACCCAGGGGAAACGCAAAACCAAAACACGUCUCAAUUACAGCAAGUGCAACGCCCAAACCAUCAAUGA